CUGGUAAAAUUUAAACGAAAGAGACGUUAUUUUGUGUGAAACUGCCAACAGGAUCGGGAUGCCAGUGAAGUGUUGACGUUCGUAGCCUCUUUUAAUUGGUGAUAUUAUUUUGAAUUUGUAGGGGAUUCUAAUAAUUUAUCUCUAUUAAUGAUUUAAAGCCGACGUUGAAGCUUUAGUUUCAUUUUCACUACGAGUAGUUGCAGUCUCGAUCUCGAUUGAACGUUUUGAUGAGAUUCCAUUGAGUAAAUACCGCGCUGCAUGGCUUCAUGAUUUUGAGCCAGCUUACGUUUAGGAUAUCAUUAACAGGAGUUGAACGAACUGUUCGUCAAACCGAUCUAAUAAUUUAUGGAAAGCACUUAAUAUACUUGCUCUGUGCCAGAGGAACAAAGCUAAUUUUGGCAGUAAAUACACAGGUGCAAAAAAACAGUUAUAUUAAAGACCUACGUCUUAAUUUCCAAAAGCUUUCCGUUUCACGUGAAUAUUAUGAUCUACAAAAUAAUGGAGGGCUGGACGAAGGAAAAGGUGUUCAAUUUCCUUCAACAACAACUGGUCGAUUUAAGCGAAUUUGGUAAAGCUAAUGAAAAGGAAAUCGAAGAUUCACUCCAUGAAAACCUGACAUUUUUGCGUCGUUUGGUGUCCCAAGUUCCAGACUCAAACAAUGGUCCAUUACUGCCGAAAACUCCAAAAGUUAAUCGCAAGCAUCCAGCACAACGAAUCGAAACAAUUCACGAGGAUGAAGCUGUUACAUUUGAAGUCACUCGGACGACCAGCAUCAUCUCUGCACCAAUUGAACCAGCAGAAACUGAUGACGAAGAUGGUAAAACGUCUACUCGUAGAUCGAGAAGAACGGCAUCUAGACAAGCUUCAAGGAGCAUAAAGCAGCAACAGUCUUUAACUCUUAAUACUAAACUAAGAAGACCUGAAGCUGAAGAUGAAUCUGAACCACAAUGUCAAGAGGACAAUGUGAAAGCUUCAAGUAGUUCAGAGAAUGAAGAUUAUCUACCGCUUAGGCAAUCCAAAGCUAGAAAAACAUCCAUUCAGAAGAAGAAACAUGGCCAAAGGGCGACGUCAGAAAUGAAAGACAGUACAUUUGUUUUGAAACUUGAAAAUGCUCACAAAAAUUCAGAACCUGAAGAACGAGUUUCAAACAGCAAACGUAAACGUACUCAGGAGAGGUCUCCAUCUCCAAAUUUAUCAGUCGAAUCCAAGACUUUCAGGGCUCAUAGUGGAGAACCUGCAGCUAAAAAGGCUAAUCUUAUUAACGAAACUUUGGAAAAAUCAGACAUCGAUAAUACUUUAGAGUCGUCGAUUUAUGAAGAUGCUAUUGGUAAACCUGCACCAAUUCAUAAUUCGACUAAGAUUAUCGACGUUACAGUCACCCUGGAUCGAAAAUCUCGUGAAUCGUCAAAGUCACGAGAAUUACCGUAUCCGUCAAAAGCUAAUCAACAAUCCAACAUGAAUGUAACCGUUGUACUGGACAGUUUGUCGAACAAGGCAAAAACUCAAGCCACUGCUCAUCAAGACAGACUGGAAGAUGAUGAGGAUGAAGUUGGCUGUACUCCGGAAGUCAAAACUGUUACUAGGGGUAUUUUGCAGCAAGGAUAUCGCUCUAAAGUAGAUCAAACAACGAAGAAUACUCUAAAAUCAAAUGCAUUGUUUAGUCCUUAUGCUACGGAUUCUGUGAGAAAACGAGUCCAAGCUUUUGAGCAAGUUGUUUUUAACAGUCCCAAACCUGUAGAGGUAGAUGCUCCGACUAGAUUAACAAGAACGAAGACUCGAGCAAUGGCAGCUGCUGCAGCUUCAGGAAAUACCGUUCAACCUCCGCAGUCUGUUCAGAGUCUUGCUCAAAAAUUAGCGCGCAAAUCUUUGGCCAAAGCAAAGAGGAUUUCAUUGGCUAAAAGGGUAAAAGAUGUCGAUGACAGCAAAGAGAAUGAAAAUGCGAACAACACAACAACAAAAGGCAGUACAAUGUUAACACUCAAUGAGAAACUGAUGCAAAAGCAGCUACAAAGAGUAACUCCAGUUGGAAAAAGUCGUCUACAAAUUCCCACAUCUCUUAAUCGCAUGCCUCCCACACCAUUGAGCGUACAGCCUUUUUCCAAUUACCCAAAAGCCAUGUCGGCAUCUCGCACAAAUAUCAUUAUGAACGUAGACUCGUUCCUUCAAUCAAAUAAACGAGCUCAGAAAUUGAGUUUGGCAGAGAAAUUUGAAGAAAAAAGAAGAAAAGUACAUGACGAAGACGCAAGACGGAAAAAGGAGGAGGCACUGAAAAUUCAAGCUGAAGAAAAAAAAAGAAAAAGGGAAGAGAAGGAGUUAAAGAAUAAGAUGGCUAGAGAAGCUAAAGAAAAACUUGAUCUGGAAAAACGAAUGAAGGCUGAAAAAGAACGGGAAGAGAAGGCUAAAAUUGCGCUGCAAAUGCAAGAAAAGAUACGUGAGGAAGCUGAAAAAAAGCGAAUUUUGCAGCUUCAACGGGCACAGGAAAAAGAAGAAAGGCGUAAACAAGAAGAACAGAUACGGUUGCAGCGAUUACAAGAGCAGGAAGAAAUGGAGCGGCAAUUAGCUGAGCAGAAACGGAAAGAACAGGAAGCUGCUGAAAAACAACAUCUACGUCGUCUGGCUGAAGCAAAGGCUCAGCAACAAGCAGUAGCUGAGGCUGCAAAAAUCAAGGCUCAAUAUCAAGCAAAGGGGAAACAACAUAACAAUACUUACAAUGUACCAACGCAAGCUCAAGGUCCAGCUGCAUACAAAAUAGAAAGUGAACCUGAUGAAGAUGAUGAUACUACAGAUAACGAGGAAGCGCCUAAGCAUGCCGUACCUACUUGGGCUAAUGCCCAAGUUCGCAGGGGUCAGCUGGCCUUACAAAAGUACAUUCCAAUUAGGGAAAUAUAUGGGUAUUUUGGCAGUAGACAAUGUACACCAGAUCUCACAGAGAUAUUCCAAGGCAUUGACAAGAAACGACUAAUACGCACAUCUAGUGCGGUCUGGAAGACACCGCCACGAUAUUCUAUUAUGUAUAGAGAAUAAUCGUUUUGCUGACAUGGACGUCAAUCAUUCAAAUGGAGUAGUUUUACUUUUAUAUUAUUUAGACGUACAUAUUAAUACUAAUGAUAAAAAUGAGUCAAAUUUUGCUUUGUAUUCAGUUGGAACAUGUAGUAUCCACUGGAUGAUGUAUACUGCUUUGGAAAUCGAUGAGCUCAAAGUAUAGAAUACGAUGUACCUACCAAGUAGUAUAAUCUAAUUUGAUAAUAAAAAUUUUAAAGCUCAGAUGAUACGUUGUAUAAAGAUGAAUAAAAAGUGGCAAGGUCAUGAUUUAUCAAUGUAACAAACGUAAAGCCACUCUUUCAUCAGUGUCAAACACUAGACUUUAAUUCGCUAGUUAGUGAACCGACGUAGUCGGAGUUUGAAUUGCAAAUAAUUACUUGGUAUAGUGACAUAUUUUAAUUAUUUUCUUACUGAAGUAAAAUAUUUGAUAUCAUGUGAUGUGUCACUUUUUAAUUCGUAUAAUCUAUCAGCACGUGUACGAAUUCGUUAAUUCCGUAUUGUACUGAAAAUUACUUUCAAAAUUUUUAGCUGCAUUACUGAACUGCCAUUUAUUUUUUAAUAAACUGAGAUAUUAAUUUUUUCUAUUAAUACAUUGAAAU